AUGACUACAGAUGGAAUUUUUACAGUAAAAUAUUUAUACUCAAAAGUGAUCAGUGAAGAUGGUGUAGAUAAUUUUCUACAUGAGUUUGUCUGGGUGCAUGGGAUUCCACCUAAGGUUAAUUUUUUUUUGUGGUGUGAUGUUCAUGGAAGAUUAAAUUCUCAAGACAGACUGCAAUACAAGGGAGUAGAUAUUGACAGUUCAUGCCGUUUAUGUGGAGACAGUACUGAAUCCCAAGAUCAUAUCUUAUUGCAUUGCAAAGUUGCGCAUAAGGUUUGGUCAUCUGUAACUCCUUCUGAUAAUUGGGCAUGGGCUGUUCCAGAUUCUUUCUACAAUUUGGCAAGUUGCUGGAAUAAUACUCCACUCUCUGGCAAUGCUAAGAUGGUAUGGAAGCUUCUACCUGUCGUAUGGGUUCUUUGGAAAGAGAGAAACUGCAGAGUUUUUGAAGAAAAUUACACAUACAAACUUGAUGAAGAAUUAUGUUGUGAUGCCAAAACUCUGGUUCUCACUUGGGCUGCUGCGUUUGGAAACACGGUGCAUUUAAACUUUGCUUACACAGUUAAAAACUGGAAUAUUGUUUUCUCUUAA